AUGAACGGCAUUACCAUGAUGAUGCUGCUGCAGCAGCAGCAGUCCCAGCCCGUUUCGGCGCUGCGAGGGGGAGGCAUGAUGGGUAGCAGCCCCGGUCAUCGUAUCGGCGGCCUCAAGAUAGCAGCCGCGAGCGAGGCCCUCAUCAACCCCGCACCCCACCAGAACAAGAGGCUCUACGCGCCGGGACUCCUGAACGCCCGUGUCUCCAACGACAACCAGGUGCCCAACGCCGAGGAUGUCGUCGCCGAGCACCCUCUCCGGGGCUACAUCGUGCCCGUCCAAGCCGCUGCGGACGAUGAGGAACAUCUUGCAGCGAACAAGGGAGUUGAACUCCUCCAGGAAGGCAGCGAUGGUGGUGGUGGGACCGACGUCGAGACGCACGUGACCAGCACCUGCACAAAUGACUUCAACGGAAACGGAGGGGCGUUCGUUGCACCCGUGGGGGGGGGUUCCGUCGAUUCGGCCAUGAACUCCGAGGAGGAAGCGUUCCCCAUGGGGGGUGCCGACAUUAGGGGCGUCGAGAAGGUGUGCGACACAACCGCCUCCCUCGCCCUUCGCUAUGCCAGCCUUCGCCUCGGUGGCAAAACGCCCGCGCUGCUGUCGACUCUGGUGACGGGGGCGGGGGCGCUCUCGGUUGUUGCUGCCGCGACGACCAGCUGCUUCUCGGCAGGGAUGACGAGCGCCGAAAUCGGCUCAAGUAAGACGACUUCCGUUCCUGGAGACCUCGCGGACGAUGCGACAUGGGCUUUGUUCAGCUGGAUCACGAACAUCGGAGCGGCGACAGCGUUGGCCUGGAGCAUGCGGGUAUUCGCUCUCUGGGUCUUAGCCACCCUCGCCUGCUGGGCUAGGAGGAGGAACAGGAGCAGGAGCAGGAAGAAAAGGGCAUCGGUCUCGCCCAACGCUCCCCCCACAGCCGUUGGCACACCCGCAGCCGCCGCCGCCGCCGCCGCCGCCCCUGCCAUGCCCCCCGCAGGCACGCCCCCGGCAGCCGCCGCCGCCCCGCCCGGUGCGGCCGCAGCUAUGGCCGCCCCCGCCCCCAGUGCCCCGGCUGCCGCCGCCGUGCCCGCCGUGCCCGCCCCCGGGGCCCCGCCUGCCGUGGCCGUGCCCGCCGUGCCCGCCCCCGCCCCGCCCGCCCCCGCCGCAGCGGCAUCUACGGCAUCUAACCCAGUCGACAGCCACGCCGGAACCCCAGGAUCUCCUGCGCCCGCGAGUACCGGGCCAGCACAGCCCGUGGCUAACGCCCCCGCGGCGCCCGAACCUGAACCGCGGGUAGGGCGCGGCCGCAAGCUCCUGCGGUGCCUGCGUGCGGUGCCCUUGUGCAGCUGCAUGGUGGCAAAUGUGAACGAAGCGGCUUCUCAUGUCGGCGAGGCCCUUUCCGACGUGGCCGAUGCGCUGGGGCACGUGGUGGGGUAG